CUACCAUCAUCAUGUCCCAGCACGGCGACGACCUCGAGGACGACUUUGUGCCGGAUGAUACUGUUGCGCUCUCUGAUGACGGGGACGCAGCGUCCAUAGUGGGUGACCCGGACGAUAUUGCCAAUCUGCUCAGCGCGGACGAGGACGAGGACGAGGGCGCGGAGGAGCAGCAGAAGCAGCAGGCGAGCGCAGAGAAGAAGAGGAAGAGGAGAGAGAAGGAAAAGGAGAGGAAGCUCAAAAAACGCAAGCUCGCGGAGGAAUCAGGCACUGCGAACGACCGUUCCUCGUCCCCUUCCUCCUCCUCGCUCAUAGCCGCCCAGCCACCACAUAGGAUCGCAGAGUAUCUCGCUUCGAUGCAGGCAAAGUCAUUCCCCAAGAUGUCCGCCCUCGAGCUCCAGGACAGACAGAUACCAGGUAGAGAGCUCAAUAGCGGAUACGACCUCAUGGAAGGGAUCGAGGACUUUGGAAGACUUGGUCCAGUUUAUAGUACAAAGUACGCUACUCCGUCACCCACCCACCCCACUCCUUUCAUCUCCCCGGUCCCAACGCUCCACACCCGCCUCUCACAACGCACCAAAUCCCCCGGUUCGCCCACCCUCCUGGUCCUAACCUCCGCCGCCUUGCGCACCGCGGACAUGACACGGGCCCUCAAGAGCACUGUCUCGCGCGCUAGCCUCCCUUUGCCCAGCGACAAGAGCGCACCCACCGGAAUCGAGAAGAGCGCUCCCACCGGAAUCGACAAGAGCGCUCCCACCGGAAUCGACAAGAGCGCUCCCACCGGAAUCGAGAAGAGCACGCCCACCGGAAAGAGUGACGAGAAGAAGGGUGAGGCCUCCAUCCGCCUCUUCACCGAAAAAAGCGGCGAAGUCGCAAAGCUCUUCGCGAAACACUUCAAGCUCGACGAACACGUCCGCUAUUUAUCCAAGACGAAGGUGGGCGCCGCGGUGGGCACGCCUGGACGGGUAGGCAAGCUGUUGUGCGAGACUGACUCCCUAAAAACAACAGCCCUAACCCACAUCAUCCUCGAUACCACCCACAUCGACACCAAGAAGCGCUCAUUGCUCGAUAUUCCAGAGACGAGGGACGAGGUGUUCAGGACUGUGUUGGGCGCGCCUAGUGUUAGGGAGGGGAUUCGGGAGGGGAGGAUCAGUGUUGUGUUGUUUUGAGGUGAGGUGAGGUGAGGUUGGGUGGGGUGGGGGGAGGGGGGGAGGGAUGUUUGGGGAGAGGAGGGGGGGUGGAUGAUGUAGCCUACUCAAUUACUCUUCUUUUCACUCACAUUGCAUUUGACGUUCACCACAC